AUGCAGACCCAGGCAACCCUAACUUGCUUUGAGCGCGUCGGUAUUCAGUCCCAGCAGUUUAGCAAACAACCUAGCAUACCAGAUAUUCUGGAUUGUGAAUGCCAUCAAAUACCUGACGAUCAGCUGCGUAAAGGUUCCGAUGACUAUCAGACCUAUGCGUCACUCAAGAACGUCCGGAAAAUCCAGGCAUCCACGGGCAUACAAGGUCAAUCCAGAUCUCGAAGUUGCAUAUCUGGUUUGAAGCUCGAGUAUCAUACCCAUCCAAGUCCUGGCAUCGUAGGACAAUGGAUGCAUCAACUCGAUGAUGGAUUUGAACUGUCCCAAAACGAAGACGUCCAAUCCUUGACUACCUGGCUCAUCCCAAUGGAGUUCUCGUCUGAGUCCCCGGGGAUGGAAAUAGGUCAAGUCGCAGCCAUACAUAUUGAGACGACGAGUUCUCGCAGUGUGACAUUUCGCUCUCCGGACUUCCAGUCUAUCCCAUCACAAGCGCUGCAACACCACCAGUAUCAGGGUGACUCGACGAGAAACUCACGGCUAUCUCUUGGAUAUUGA